AUGUCUAAUUUCCCCAUUUUCUCCUAUCUCCUGUCCUUCCCUCCAGGUUCUUCUGCAGAGGAGCUAGUAUUGAUCACAGCCAGGAUGGCAGUACAUAGAACUCCUGAGACUUGUCUGGUUUUUAGUUCAGCCCCCAGAAUUCUGCCCUCCAACCCACCACCCAUGUCCUGCUUAGAGGAAGGGGAGGGAGAUAUUGCAAAUACAUAUGCCAUUGAGAGUUCCAAGCCAGAAGAGGAAUGUUAUGAGGUCUGGAGCCAUGAGGGCCUUAUUCUCACCAAACAACUUACUCAGGACGAACUUACAUUGUGUGGGUCUAGGCUUCUCUACUUUAGCUGCUUUCUUCUCUUCUUCUGUGGCUUCCUAUGCUGCUUUGCAGCAGUCUGUACUCAUCCACGUGUUGAUGCAUCUUGGCAGAGGACCCAUAUCUAAACCCAACAGCUUCAGGUUGUAUUUUGUUUUCAGGUCUGUGAUUCCUGUUCUAUAGGCUCAUCUCAGCCCCUUGAGUUGGAUCAGAUGGGAGAGGGGAACUAAAAGGGGGGCUGAGGACCAUUAAAAAUAUUUCUCAUCUCUA